CUGAUGUGUGCGCGUGAGACAGGCAGAGAGAGAGAGACACACACACAACUUUCUCACUGAGUUUUUAUAUAUGAGGUUUAUUUUUUUAUAUUUAUAUUUAAUUGUUUUUACUUGAGCGGUGUGUGUGUGAGAAAGUGUGUGUAAGCGGAUUUUUUCCUUUUCUGAAGAAUGCAGGAGGAAAUGUCGCGUGGAAUUGCGCUCGCGCCUCUCCGGUAACACGGAUCCUGUGUGCGUCUCCCGGGCCGCGCGCUGCACCAGGAAUACUCGGGGAAAGUCAAUAUUAAAGAAGACAAGGACAAGGACACUCACAAACACACACUGUUUUUUCUGUAAACUUUUUUUAUGCGGUAAUCUGGAUUUACUGCCGUUAUGUCGGAGAUUUAAUCUUUUUUGGUCCGAUCGGCGGCGCGCGCAGGAAGUGUGUGUGUGUGUGAGAGAGAGAGAGUGUGUGUAGCCUCUGUAAUUGAUUAGUUAAGAGCUGAGGUGUGUGAGGAGUGUGUACCGGAGAGAUGGAGCGCGUGCACUCGGUUUGGACGGUGUUUGUGUAUUUAGCCUUCAUCGGAUUCAACAGCUGGAGUUCAGCAGAAGAAGAAGUUGUGAUGAAUACAAAGUCAGAAACAUCUGAUCUCAGAUGGACCAUCUAUCCUGUUACUGAUCCUGAGUGGGAGGAGAUGAGUGGUCUGGAUGAAGAAGGGAACAGCGUGAGGACGUUUCAGGUCUGUCCAUCAGACGGGGGCUUGACAUCUCAUUGGCUGAGGACGCGUCUGAUCCCAUUGGGCGGGGCCUCUCAGCUCUAUGUGGAGAUUCGUUUUACCAUUAUGGAGUGCGGCUCAUUGCGUGCACACUCACACACACACGCCUGCAAGGAGACCUUCAACGUCUACUACUACCAGAGCGAUGAUGACUCGGCCACACUCACACACCCCGCUUGGAUGGAGAACCCGUACACCAAGGUGGAUACGGUGGCGGCCGACUUCCUGUUGCGGCGUGGUGGUGAGAGGAAGUCGAACGUGAAGACUCUGCGUGUCGGUCCAAUCACUAAAGCCGGGGUUUAUUUAGCGUUCCAGGCUCAGGGCGUAUGCAUGGCACUGCUAGCUGUGCGGGUUUACUUUAAAAAAUGUCCCUCUCAUGUUCGCAAUUUUUCUGCCUUCCCUGAGACUCUUCCUCAUUCGCUGGUGCAGCAGGCUGAGGGCAAGUGUGUGGAGAACUCCGCCCCCUCUGGCCCUGAUGCCCGCCCACCAACCAUGCUGUGUGGAGAGGACGGGCAGUGGGUGGAGCCUGCUUCAACUUCCUGUGCAUGUAAAGCAGGAUACGAACCCGUGGACACAGACCGCUGCCGAGCGUGUGGGCCAGGUCAGUACAAGGCAUCGAUGGGUGCAAAUGUGUGUCGUGUGUGUCCGAUGAACAGUAACACACAUUCUCCUGGAGCUGCUGUGUGUUCCUGUCGCCCCGGUUACUACAGAGGGCCAACUGACACGCCUGACAUGGCCUGUACAAAGCCCCCCUCUGCACCACGGAACAUUGUCCCGCAGGUGAAUGAUACGAUCGUGGUGUUGGAGUGGAGUGAGCCUGUGGAGCGUGGUGGACGCUCAGACCUGUCAUACGCUGUGGAGUGUGUGCGCUGUGGUGCGAGUGCAAGUGUGAGCGCGAGUGUGUGUGUGCCAUGUGCAGAGAGUGUGCUGUAUCGGCCCACGCAGACAGGACUAAUGGGGAGGAGAGUAGUGGUCCAUGGCCUGCAACCACACACACGCUACACCUUCACCAUCAUCGCUAUCAACGGAGUGACAUCCGCCAGCAGCACACACACUGCAUCAUCGAGCAUCAACAUCACCACCAGCAGCUAUGUCCUUGUCCCAGUCUCAGGUAUCAGGAAAACAAAGGCAUCUGAGACAAGUCUGACUUUGAGUUGGAACGUCCCAGAACACACACUUCACACCAUCACCGAUUUCCAGCUUCGCUACUGUUUACAGGGUGAGGACGAGGCGUGGCAGUAUGUCAGCAGUAAGCAGACCUCGGUGGUUCUGUCAAAUUUGGCUCGCUCAUCUCAAUAUCGAGUUCAAGUCCGAGCCAGAACCAGUGCCGGAUACGGACAGUUCAGCAGCCCAACUACUGUCAGAACACUGCCUGAUGAUGCAGAGUCCCACACUCGUAUGAUAGUGACUGGAGUGCUGGUUGCUAUGGGACUCCUCAUCCUCAUCGCCGUAGUAACUGUUGCCGUGUUUUGUUUUCGAAAACACAGCAGACUGAGGGACUCAGAGGCAGAUAAAAAUGGACAGUAUCUCAUGACUCCAGGCAUGAAGGUUUAUAUCGAUCCGUUUACAUAUGAGGACCCAAACGAAGCAGUGCGAGAGUUUGCUAAAGAGAUUGAUGUUACGUUCGUGAAGAUAGAGGAGGUGAUCGGAGCAGGGGAGUUUGGUGAGGUGUGUCGAGGUCGUCUGCGUAUUCCUGGUAAGAAGGAGAACUAUGUGGCCAUCAAAACCCUGAAGGGCGGCUAUACGGAUAAGCAGCGCAGGGACUUCCUGUCUGAGGCGUCAAUCAUGGGUCAGUUCCACCAUCCCAACAUCAUCCACCUGGAGGGAGUGAUUACCACAUCCUGUCCCUCCAUGAUCAUUACGGAGUACAUGGAGAAUGGAGCGCUCGACUCAUUCCUCAGGAUGAAUGAUGCUCAGUUCACCCCCCUGCAGUGUGUCGGCAUGCUCCGUGGUAUAGCCAGUGGGAUGAAGUAUUUGAGCGAGAUGGGCUUCGUCCACCGAGACCUCGCCGCUCGGAACAUCCUCGUUAACAGCAAUCUGGUGUGUAAAGUGUCUGAUUUCGGUCUAUCCAGGUUCCUCACGGAGAGUUCCUCAGACCCAACGUACACCAGCUCUCUGGGUGGAAAGAUUCCCAUUCGCUGGACAGCUCCUGAGGCCAUCGCUUUCCGUAAAUUCACCUCCGCCUCCGAUGUCUGGAGUUAUGGCAUCGUCAUGUGGGAAGUGAUGUCAUUUGGAGAGCGGCCCUAUUGGGACAUGAGCAACCAGGAUGUGAUCAAUGCUAUAGAACAAGAUUACCGUUUGCCCCGUCCUCCUAAUUGCCCCGCCCCCCUGCAUCAGCUGAUGUUGGAUUGUUGGCAGAGAGAUCGCGCGUCCCGCCCCCGAUUCUGUGACCUCGUAAACUCUCUCGACAAGCUGAUCCGAAACCCCGCCUCCCUCAAACACACCUCUCAUUCACAAGAAGGGUUGUUGCUGGACCAGCGUCCUUCUCUAUCUCAGUGUGUGUCUGUGAGCGAGUGGCUGAAGGGCAUCAAAAUGGAGAGAUAUGAGGACAACUUCAUUCAGGCCGGAUUCACCACAUUAGAGCUCAUCUCUCAGAUCAGCACUGAGGACCUGCUGCGUAUCGGUGUCACUCUAGCUGGCCAUCAGAAGAAGAUUCUCUCCAGCAUCCAGACCAUGAGAAUCCAAACCAAAAACUCACUGAGAUACUGAACACAAACUCAAUGGAAAAGUUUGCUUCCCAUGAUCCUUUGCACUUUGAGACCACUACACAUGGAAGCCAAUCACAGUGUCUUCACAAGGAAUGACAUCACAAAUCACAUCUCACUAUGUUUGUAGAUGUCACAUGCCUGCUCCCUGUCUAUUUUUCCAUUGUGCCUGAUGACAUCACACUCUGUCCGUUUCAGCAUCCGAUCAGAGCUCAAAGUUUUUACAAAAUGAACUGUGAUGCCAUUACACACCAUUGUGCCUCUUAGACCAGUCACUGGUUUGCACUCGGGGUUUUGAGGAGAGACAGAUGCCCUCCCAUCAUGCCUUGUACCUCAAGCCCAGUACACACGACAGCCAAUCAGAAUACAUCCCUGAGGGAUGACGUCACACUAGGAAAUGUCAUGACUGUAAGGAAUUAUAAAGUAUUUAUGUCUUUAUGAAUUCUGUGGUGUUUAAAUCUGACUGGAUAAUCCUCCACUCUGGAAUCACCCAAUCACUUCCCAUCAUUCCUUGCACUUCCUGUUCAAGGUGACAAAAUGUCUUCGUGAAGGAUGACAUCACUCCGUUAAACUGUGACAUUCUUUAUGACAUCACAGUGCCUAGCAGACCUAUCACUGUGUACUGUUCCAUGGUGCCUGAAGCUGAUUGGCUAAUUCUGUGCCUGAGUUUUGCCUAAUUACAUUUGAUAAACGAUUUAGUUUUAAAAAAUGACGUUGCGGUUGCCUUGACAGCAGUUGCCAUAGUAUUUUUGUUGCUAUGGACACCUUCAUGACGUCACAGCUCUUUUCCUGUUCCCUGAUGGUUUGGACCAAUCGGAAUACAGGCAGCAGGACUUUGACUUGAAAUGUUGCCAUGGAAACACGCUACCACUUUGCAUUUCUGGGGGUUUAAAACUGGAAUCUUCAUAUUGAAGGUCCGUUAUAGUAUUUGAAUGAGCCGAUGAUUAUUUUGUAUGAGUUUUUUUGUAUGAAAUAAAUGAUAAAACCUAAAAAGGGAAAUCAGUCAGAGUGAAGAUCCUUGAGAAUGGCCCCGCCCACUCCACACGGUCACACCCUGAUUAGUAAAGGUGAAUGAAAACACCAGCGUCCAACAUUCCAGUGUCCUGGUCCUCUAGAUAACGAGCAUGUCUGAACAGCACGAGCACUUUGACGAUAAUUUGUGUUUUAAUUCAGAAAUCACCUUUUUAUUUUGUCUAAAUUUCACACACCAACAUGUUCACAGCAGUAUUAUGGUCUGGCGAGGAAGCAGCAUUCCAGCGAGGAGGAGGAGGAGGAGCUGCUUUCACUUUUCUCCUCUCAACCUUUCCUGUUUAUUCCCUCUGUCCUUCACUCUAUCGCUCAUCUCUGUGUAUC